AUGCCCGGAGUGCACAUACACGAAAAUAAGCUGGCUGUACGACGGGGUGAUAAAUUAUCGCAGGUUGCUGCUCACACCUCUGAAACGGAUCACGAGCCUAACUUCGCAGCCGUCAAGGUGCUCACCCACACCGGAAGCAAGACGAGCCGAGAAUUGGUUGAAGCCUGGUCCACGGAUUGGAACUCAAUCAAUCGAUGUAUUGAUAUGGCCCCGGCCACCCUCUCCUGCAUCUGCCGAGUGUACACUGCUAGUGCUGAGGUGUACACCGGUGGUUAUCCGCUCCUGCAUUCGCUCCCGGCUCGACCAGGACCUGCGGGCAUGCGGGUACACAACGCUCACCGUGCUGAGCUAACUCGAUACACGCACACAUACACAGUCACCAACAGAAGCACUGGCAUCAGCACCAACAUGGACGUGCAGUCCUAUCAGGCCUUCCUUCUGCGACAAAAACGCUGGAGGAACCAGGCCAGGCUACGCUGUAGCAGC